AAUUGCGAUCAAAUCGUAACCUCAAACCGAAGGCAAACCACCAAGGAAGUUUGUAGACGCGCUCAUCGUUGAAAUCCAGAAUUUUUGAUUUUGGAAUUUCUUCAAGUUGUUAUCGCACUGACGGUAAAAGGACAAGAAGAAUCUUAACAAGGUUUCUAUGAAACCAAUCUCUGCCUCAAAAUGAGGAUUUUAGUGGUGACCCUGCUGGUUGCUCUGGCUUUAGCAGCGAGUGUGAGCAGCAAAGCAAAGAAAGCAACAAAAAAAGACAUUGCAGCGUACAAAGCUGAACACCAAAAAUGGUUAGACUUGUAUAAAUUUAAGCCUGAGAAAGGUGCACAGGAUAAAGCCAAGGGAGUAAAGGAGGCAGCUGUUCCUGCCACUCCAAAUGCUGCUCCUGCCCAGCAGCAGGCACAAGUACAACCUCAAGUGAACCAGCAGCAACCAAAUGCAGCCGAUCAAGCCAAAGCAGCGAAGGCAGCGAAAGCAGCAAAGGCGACUAAGGCACUGAAGAACAAAAAGAAGGCAGCUGAAAAGAAGAAGAAGAAAUUACAAACCGUCUGGCAAACAGAAACUGCACCAAAUGGCAAUAAUCUCAAGGUGCCACUGACAUUUGCAGAGAAAGGAGAAAAUGCUCCACAAAACCCAAAGCAGGCUGCAAAACCAGAUGCGCAUGCUCCACAGCCAAAGCUACCGGCUUUGCCAAUCAAACCAUCGAAAGGGAACAAACACAAAAAGGCAAAAAAGAGGACAAAGAAAGGCUCAAAGAAAGGAGAUAUUGGAGUCAAAGCAUCGUCAUCAGCUGAAGUAAAUCUUGAAGGCAAAGAUAAGGAUGAAUGCCCACCACCUUGUCCACCACCACCACCACCGCCAUGCCCACCACCUCCACCACCUUGUCCACCACCUCCUCCACCAUGUCCACCACCACCAUGUCCACCACCCCCACCACCAUGUCCACCUCCUUGCCCGCCACCACCACCACCGCCACCUCCGCCACCACCUCCUCCACCUCCUCCUCCAUGUCCCCCACCCCCACCACCAUGUCCACCACCUCCACCACCACCACCUCCUCCACCAUGUCCUCCUCCACCACCACCAUGCCCACCCCCUCCACCACCAUGCCCAUGUCCACCACCCUGUCCUCCACCAUGCCCACCUCCCCCACCACCAAUGGAAACAACAGAAGUCGAAACCCAGAGUGAGACAACAACAGAAACUGGAACGAUGACCAAAACAUCAACAAAUACCGGAACAGCAGCCAGCGGAGGAGCCUCCGGAAAAGCAAGCGGCGGAGCUGGUGCUGGUGGCGGUGCCGGCGGAGGAGCAAACGCAAAUGCAGGGGGUGAUGCUUCGGGCAAUGUAGAAGGUAACGCCGCAGGAGCAGGAGGAUCAGAAAGUGCAGGUGCCGCUGGAGGCGAUUCUGGCGCAAAAUCUGGAGGUGGCGCCGAAGGAAAAUCUGGCGGAGGUGCCGGUGCAGGAGGAGGAGCAGGAUCAAGCGCAGGGUCAAACACAAGUAGUGGCUCAAAUACAGAAACAUCGACAAGCACUGAAUCGUCAAUGGGAACGAAAAAGAAGAAGCGCGAAAGUGGCAAAAAGAAGAGUGUCGUAAAAGUAGCGGGUGUGGGAAGGCGUGACAACCCUGCAAGCUCCUGUAACCGAAUUAUCAAUGACAACCCGUCAGCGCGGAGUGGAUAUUAUUGGGUUCUUACCAAAUCAGGCGUACAACAGAUCUUCUGCGACAUGAGUCGAAAAGUAAAACUGGAUUCUUAGUUUGGAGAUGACACGAUAAUGAUCUCAAAGACCGCGUAUUUAGUUAGCUAUUUGACUGACACCAACAUGACAUUUCCAUAAAAGAACAGGACUAGAGUUGUUGACUAAAGGUAGAAUAAUUUGUUUAUAUAAGAAACUUAGAAAUCUAAUGGCAAGAUUAGAUCAUUGAUAUUUAACAGCUCAUAUUUUGUUGUAACAAUAA